AUUGCCUUGACAUUGAUCAGUCGCAUAAUUGCAAUAUUUUCAUUCCUCUCCAGCGAGAUUUGCAGACCAAAGCAACAGCACUAUCAUGUACGCCGUAACUACUACCGUUGAAAUCGCCGCUUCUCCCGCUACAGUGCGCGAAAAGUUCCUCGACUUCUCGUCCCUCUCCACCUACACCCCCACGGGCUUCAUCCGUUCCAUCGUCCCAGCCGACAACAAAGCCCCGACCACCCUCCAACCCGGGGAUAAGCUCACCUGCACCGUCGGCUACGGCAAAAUGACCUUCAGCCCGAUCGUGACCAACAAUACCCCUGCUCUAUUCAGCUGGGUCGCUUCCCUCCCUGCCAUUUUCACCGGCGAGCAUCGGUUCCUGUUCGAGGCGAUAGAUGGACAGCCGGAUCGGACGCGCUUGGUUCAUGAAGAGCACUUUAGUGGAAUGCUGGGGUUUUUGAUGGGGGGUAGUUUCGUGGCUAAAUCCGCGGGAUGGGGAGAGAAUACGCGGACGGGAUUUGAGUCGUUUAAUCGGGAUUUCAAGGCUUGGGUGGAGACAAAGUAGGGUUGUCGGAUGGAUGGAUGAUACCCGGAAUAGAGAGGUGGGAUUGUAUGGUUAUGAUCAGGAGUAAUACUUAAUGCUGAGCGGUUUCUGUGUCUGUACUAGUAUGGUGUAUUUUGAUUGAGUGCAAUUCUAUGAUAGGCUAACUGAUCCGCACGGAC